AUGCAAGAGGUUGUCGGCGCGUACAAGGAUACCUCAGUGCCCAAGAAGGUCCAGUCCACGGGACUACACAUCGCAGGUCAAAAGUACAUUGUCAUUAAGGCAGACGAGUCAAGUUUGUAUGGAAAGAAGGGUCGAGAAGGCGUCGUCAUUGUCAAGACAAAGCAAGCACUGCUUAUCACACACUACCCGGAGACGAUACAGCCCGGUACUGCGGCCAACACGGUCGAGAAACUCGCUGCCUAUCUAGUCAGCGUGGGAUAUUGA